CUGAUGGAAGGUUCUCGCUGCCCGAUCUAUUUAAAUUGUUACAACAGGCAGGUUGGCCUGGUUGAGCAAAGAAAAAAAUGGCAACAUAUGGUGAAGAGCCAGUCGACAGAUACUUCUAUUCAUCUUACAACCCUUACGUGGGCAGGUACACCCGGCCCAGAGACGCCGGGUGGAAAUAUAAAGGUUAUUUCUCCCACUACGGCGACACCUCUGACGCGUUCAACAACCACCAGCGCGCCCAGCUGAAAUCCAUCUUGUCCCAAAUCAACCCCAAACUCACCCCGAGGCUCCGGAAGGCCAAUACCAAGGAUGUGGCGGUGCAGGUCAACCCGAAGAAGGACGCCUCGGUGCAGUGCGCCAUCGGCCCGCGGACCCUGCAGGCCAUGAAGCGGGACUUCCAGCGCAGGAAGAGGGAGGAGCCCGCCACACCCAGCAGCCCAAAGGCAACAGGUGGCGUUCGUUAUCCCCGAACCCUGGCCGUGUACUCCCCCAUAGCUUACCGGAGCGUCACGUCCUUCCUCGUGGACGACAAUAACAACAUCAAGGAUGCGACCUCUGAGGCGACGGCGACCGUAGAGCCGCACGGCGAACCGGGCGAGGGCACCGAGGGCACGGCGGAGGAGGACGGCGGCGAAGCUGGUGAGGAUGCGAAGACCGCGAAGUCUCCUGAACCAAGCCAGAAGUUUAAACUGCAGCCGCAGGUGAAGGGUGAGCUCGCGCCACCUGUCGCAGAAGAAUCACAGGGCAAGGCCCGCGUGCGCUUCCAGUUCCUGGAACAGAAAUAUGGAUAUUAUCACUGCAGAGAAUGCAAUCUGCGAUGGGAAAGUGCUUAUGUAUGGUGCGUUCAGGGCACGAACAAGGUUUACUUCAAACAGUUCUGUAGGAAAUGCCAGAAGGGCUUCAACCCAUACCGUGUGGAAGACAUAACAUGCCAUACUUGCAACAAAGCCCGCUGCUCCUGUGCCCUGACGCAGCGGCACGUUGACCCCAAGCGACCCCAUAGACAGGACUUGUGUGGCAGAUGCAAAGGCAAGAGGCUCUCCUGCGACAGCACGUUCAGCUUCAAAUACAUCAUCUGAGUCUGUUCGACUAAAACCCUCAAUGCAAAGCACAGAUUUGUGAUGUUUAAAAACUUUCUAUAUAUAUUUCUUUUUUUUUUUUUCCCCCCCCAUGUAUGUUUUGUUGAGUCUGUAAGCACAUCAUGCCUCGGAUCAUAAUAAAUGGCUACCUUGCAUUUUGGAUGUUAAAAGUAUUUUAUUUUUGCAUUAAGUGGUCUUUAAGUGGUCUGCUGACCAAGUGGUCUUGGUCAGCAGCGGUUUGGGCAUGUGCUCCAGGAAGAUGACUAGAGGUGUCCUGUAGGAAUGAAGUCUUUAGCUAUCCAGAGUAGGCUGGUGUGUGGAAGGAAAAUUAAAGUGGAUCUGCAUCCAAAAUCAAAACGUACCAGAUGAGAAAUGAGUUGAACUGUACAAGCAUUUGUCCCAAGAGAAAUAUGGACAUGUGAUCAAAUGUAAGUCCAGAGCACAACCUGUGAAGGAAUGUAUAUUGAUGCAGCUUGAAACUGAA